AUGGUCCUGUUCGUGAUUGGUUCUGCCCGAGGGGUGGCUGUACAACCGGGGGCCGAGGAUUUGGUCUUCAACGACAUCAGUUCUGCCCGGAGGGUUGAGAGCGGAGGUCGGAGGGAGCUGGAUGGGCUCGAGGUGGACGCUGAUGCCUCUCCCAGCGGCGAGCGCCGUGAGAGCGAGGAACGCCAACGAGAAACCGAGUGA